ACACCUCUGCGCAUCACACUUUUUAUAUUGUUGACGAAUAAAAUUUAGUAAAUUAUUUUUACCGGGAAUAAGUACGUGUGUCCCCAGCUGAUUAGUAAGGUAUUUCUAAAAUAAGAGGUACUUACAAAGACAUUCAGCAUGGCCUGCAGUUCGUACACGAACAAAACCCUGCAGCUGAUUAAGUGCUUCUGCGGAUGCAGCGACAUGACCGUCGAAGAGGUUAAGAGGAUCUAUUUGCUGACGAAUAGUGUCCACCAGACGUUGGUGGAUCCUGAUGCCACCAGACUGCUGCGAAGGUUCAUGGAGACGAGGCGCUCCGGCGACAAGGUAGAGGCCGAGCAGUAUCUGGAUAUCUACGAGAAGUGCGCCGAGCUUCUGGCGGAGAAUCAGCGCACCUUCACCCAGGACGAGGUGGACGAACUGGUCGAUCUGGGCCUGCCCUACGAUCUCGAGCAGGAUUUGUCCAGGCGCAUGCUUAGCGCCAAUCGAACGGACAUCAAUUGCGGUCUUAAUCGCAUCCAGGGAAAAUGUCGCAACGAGAUCGAGGCCAGCAGCGAUUUCCGUGACUUCAGGGACGCAAUCGUGGCUAAGAUGCGUCGAGUGCCGAAAUGAUAUAGUCAUCGAUAUAGUGGAUCGAUGCCUUAUGUGUUCACUGUGCAACGCCUACCAAAGUCACUUGGGUACCUUUGUAGAACCGCACCCAACCUCGUUCCUCUCUGCACCUACCCCAGUGCCUUGGUGCUUCCACACCCAUUAUCCUCUCGAUCCAACACCAUAGUUUAGUCAUGGCCAUACAACGAAGAAACGGAAACCGUCCUCCUAUCUCAAUGUGGCUUCCGACACGUGCUAGAGCCCAGGCUCAUCAAACACUCACAUUCUAUUGAACCCACAGAUACGGUUUAUACCUUUUUACUUAACAUUAAAUAUGUAGUUGUUUUUAUAUUGUACGCUUUGUAAUGUUGUUACGCACUAGAGGUAGACUAAUAAAUUACCUGAUACCAAAUGCGAACAAAAUUUGUUGUCUUUCUAUUAACAUUUUCUUCUGUAAGAUCAAUCUUUUAAGAUAUACAUUCUUGAUUAGGAUUAGUCGAUCUAGCCAUGUUCGUCUGUCCCUAUGAACGCUUAGAUCUCGGUAACUAAGAAAGCUAGUAAGUUGGUAGCAAGCAUACAAAUUCUAACACUCAGUGCGCUAAAGUCUGCCUUGCGACCACAACUAAGUUAAACAGGCUUUGGUAUGGUCUGUGGUACCGCUACUCUACGCUAGGUGGCGUGGCGAUAGCAUCGAUAGUGCUCAAUGGGAAAGUCGAAAAAAUCUCCGCAACAUACGAAAGUGCUCCAAAUAUUUACAAAAUCGCAAUAUUUAUUAAAACGGGAAAACAUUUUAAGCCCGUAUAGUGAUUGAUAACACCUGGACCUUUUCCAUACAACUUUUUAUUGAUAAUGCAUCUUUGGAAACAAAAGCAUAGGUAGGCAAGCAGGUAUUCUUGGAAAAAGUAUUUAAUUUUGCUUUAAAUAAACCGAAACAGGGACCAGGCAACACUGAAUUCCUUUUGCUAAGACAUUUCUAAGGCAAGAUGUUGCUUUAAAAAAUUAUAUGUUCCAUAUAUUGAUUGAUAAGCUAUCACUGAUAACCUUUUCACACUGUUCUUUUUUCAAAGUCUUAUCUUGGAAAUAAAAGCGUUCAGUAAAAGGUAAUAUCCCGAAGAAUCGACAUCAAAUUUAGUCGCGAUGGCUUUCUCCUACUCGUACGAGGGCAGGGCCCAAAAAAUGAUAAAGUGCUUUUGCGGCUGCUCAGAAAUCUCUGUGGAGGAACUCCUUCGCAUUAAAGAUUUGAUUGGAAGGGUUAUGGACAUUCUUUCGGACCCGCCAGCCGCAAAGCUACUCCGCGAGUUCAUGGAAGAAAGGCGAUCCGGCGAUAGGAAUUUAGCCGAGCAGUACCUGGACAUCUUCGAGAAGUGCGCCCAACUAAAAGCACAGCCCACCAUAACCACGGAAGAUUUGGACGAGCUUAUCAACUUGGGCUUGCCUUAUGAACUGGAGAAGGAUCUAAAGGACAACCGAAUGGAAAGCAGGGAUUUUCUGAAUCGCAUCGAAACCAAAUGUUGCAACAUAAUUGAGGCGAGUGCAGACUUUCGUGAUUUUGAGUUAGCAAUAGCUAAAAAAGUGCAACAGGUACCGAAGGAAAUGAAAUAGAACGGGAUUUAAAAACAAUAUUCAGUCCAAGAACCAAUCACAGUUUAAAUCAAAUGUGCAAUAGCCAUAAUUAACUAACUUUUUUAGUUACUUGAUCCCAAUAAAUGUGUGUAUCUUUUACUUAAAAUCAUA